CCGAUUAUUCUAACAAAAAGAACAAAGUAACAUAAAAACCUCAAAGCGCAAUAAAUAAGUAGCCAACCAAAUUGCUUUUUCAGGGCUUUACUUUCUUUCCAAGUUUUCCCGUUGAAACCCUAUCAGUGGAGGUGAAGAUUAUUGCUGAAUCUUCAAAGGCUGGCAAAUUCAUCCGAUUAACAUCUGCAGGGAGAAACCUCGGUCUGUUACAAGAUGAUGAAGCUUGACUUCAGUGGCCUUGAGCCUGCGACACUGCAUCAGCUCCCAAAUGAUAACAUGUCUGACAUUUUGUCCCAAGCACCAUCGUUCAAGUUGCCAAAUGACACUGAUUUUGAUGGUUUCCAAAAAGCAGCAGUGCAAAUGGUGAAACCAGCAAAAGGGACAACAACUCUGGCUUUUAUAUUCAAAGAGGGUAUUAUUGUUGCUGCUGAUUCUCGUGCCAGCAUGGGAGGAUAUAUAUCAUCACAGUCCGUGAAGAAAAUUAUUGAAAUCAACCCAUAUUUACUUGGUACCAUGGCUGGAGGUGCUGCUGAUUGUCAGUUUUGGCACAGAAACCUGGGUAUUAAGUGUCGAUUGCAUGAGCUGGCAAACAAACGGAGGAUAUCGGUCACAGGUGCUUCAAAAUUGUUGGCCAAUAUUCUGUAUUCAUACCGAGGAAUGGGUCUAUCGAUAGGCACAAUGAUUGCUGGGUGGGAUGAAACGGGCCCUGGUCUAUAUUAUGUUGACAGUGAAGGAGGACGACUUAAGGGAACACUUUUCUCUGUUGGAUCUGGUUCAACGUAUGCCUAUGGUAUUCUAGAUAGUGGUUACCGUUGGGAUAUGCCUGUGGAAGAAGCUGGUGAACUUGGUCGUCGAGCUAUAUACCAUGCAACAUUUCGUGAUGGGGCCAGUGGGGGUGUAGCAAGUGUUUACUAUGUGGGCCCUCAAGGUUGGAAGAAAUUGUCUGGAGAUGAUGUGGGUGAACUUCAUUACAACUACUAUCCAGUUACAGAAAAUGUUGUAGAGCAGGAGAUGGCUGAAGGCAGUGCUUGAAAGUUCUAUUGUCAUUCCAUUAAGGUUAUUGGAUCAAACUACAGAUUAUAACUUACUUUAUGCACGACUACAUUCUCCAGUUCUGUGACGCACCCACAUAGCUGGUGGUUGUGAUCAUUAAUUUUGGUUUGUUGUCGUGGGGAUUCUGUGCUAGAAAUGAUUCACAAAAUUUGCAAUUGUAAAAUUUUUAUAUUCAUUUUAAGACGGUUCACAAUAGUCAAAUGGGAUCAGAUUUUUGUUGCAAUAAUUUAGAUGGCUUUAUAUUUCUGAUUGAUAAGCUUGGGGCAUUUCACCUGAUAAUAUCAUCUUAAUAUUCAUGA